AUGAUUUGAGUAUUACAAAUUUCUGAGGGCUCAAUUUGAAAUAUCUUGGACUAGAACGAAGAAGAGUGCAGUUUCUUCUCCACAACCAAUUGGAUUAGAUGGGGGAUCUCUAUGCCUUAGACUUCGAUGGAGUUCUUUGUGACAGUUGCGGAGAGAGUUCCAUCUCUGCUGUCAAGGCAGCCAAACAGAAAUGGCCUCAGCUGUUUACUACCGUCGAUUCAUCAAUUGAAGAUUGGAUUGUUGAUCAGAUGCACACAGUAAGGCCUGUUGUGGAAACUGGAUAUGAGAAUCUUUUGCUAGUGAGACUGCUUUUGGAGAUUAAGAUCCCUUCAUUGCAAACCUCAUCAGUGGCAAAAGGGCUCACAAUUGAAGGAAUAUUGGAGAACUGGGCGGAUAUUAAACCGGUGAUAAUGAAAGAAUGGAGUGAAAACAGAGAGGAACUUGUGGAUCUCUUUGGAAAGGUUAGGGAUGAUUGGAUGGAAAAGGAUUUGGCUACAUGGAUUGGAGCCAACAGGUUUUAUCCAGGUGUUCCUGAUGCACUGAGGUUUGCGAGUUCGCAACUUUACAUAGUUACCACAAAACAAGGUCGUUUUGCUGAUGCUUUACUUCGAGAACUUGCUGGAGUUACCAUACCAUCCGAAAGAAUCUAUGCUCUUGGAUCUGGUCCCAAAGUAGAAACGCUAAAGAAGCUUCAAAAGCGACCAGAAAACCAAGGCCUCACCCUACACUUCGUGGAAGACCGACUAGCAACACUGAAAAACGUCAUCAAAGAUCCCGAGCUAAAUGGGUGGAACUUGUAUCUAGUUGAUUGGGGCUUCAACACUCAGAAAGAGAGGGAGGAAGCUGCAACUUAUUCCAGAAUUCACCUGCUUCAGCUCUCGGAUUUCACCAAAAAGUUAAAAUGAAGAUAUCGUCUCAAAUCCGCAAAUUCUUAGUUUCACUUUCAUUGUUUCAUUCUGAUACAAACGGAAACAAUAAAUUGUUGUACACGUUUAAUUCACGUUAACAAAAAUUAUGCUUUCUUCGGUAAAGCCUAAAUUCAGUCGUCCUUUUCCCUUCCGUUA